AUGUUUAACGAAUCGGAACCCCAACUUCUUCUGAUGCCUUUCUUCCUGUUGCCUCAAAACUUUUCGGAGGUGGUCGGCUCGCCUUUGGCACCUUCAAAGGCGCUAAGGCCCAAGGAUAAUCUUCUCUCUGGUAUUUCCGACGGUGUCCUAGCUGUGUUGGCUCCCGUGUUUGCCUACUGGUUAUACUCAUUCAUGUUCCACUUAUUGGAUCACUUUCAACUCGCAGAAAAAUACAGAAUCCAUCCAAGUGAAGAGGAGCAGGCACGCAACAAAGUACCUUCGCACGAGGUGUUGCGUGAUGUUGCCUUCCAACAUGUCUUACAGACGGUCGUUGGAAUGCUUGUCUUGAGAAUCGAUGAGGUGCCCACAACUGGUGAUGAGCUAUAUCAAAUGUGGUAUUUGAAGCAAAACUAUUUUCCCUCUUUUGUUCCCGACUCUCUUUUGUGGUUUGCUUACUCUUAUGGCUGGUCAUUCCUCAAAAUCGCCGUGUGUCUUCUCUUCAUCGAUACUUGGCAAUACUGGCUCCACCGUAUCAUGCACGAAAGUAAAUUCUUGUAUCGCCGUUUCCAUUCCAGACAUCACAGAUUAUACGUACCUUACUCAUUUGGUGCCCUCUACAAUGAUCCAGUGGAAGGAUUUUUGCUUGACACUUUAGGAACUGGAUUGGUGGCCUUCCUCUUGAAGUUGACUCCAAGAGAAGGUAUGUUUUUAUUUACAUUUGCUACCAUGAAGACCGUAGACGAUCACUGCGGCUACAGAUUUCCUUUUGAUCCCUUCCAGAUUUUGUUCCCCAACAAUGCUUUAUACCAUGACAUUCACCACCAGUCUUGGGGUUUCAGAUUCAACUACUCCCAGCCAUUCUUUACAUUCUGGGAUGUCAUGAGUGACACUCAAUACAAAUUUGUCAGAGAAUAUCAAGAAAAGCAGAAGCAGAUUACUUUAGAGAAGUACAAGGAAUUUUUGGCAGCUAGAAAGCUGAAUAACGAGACUUCUGAGAGAGAACUGAAAAAAACACAGUAA